CGCAUGGCCGCACCGCCUCUCCUCCCUCUCGCCCUAGGCCGCGUCCUCUCACUCUCGGUCUAGCUUGUUGUUGUGAACAAUGAUGGCUUUGCCGCUUUGGGCAAGGAUCCCCACUCACAGCGUCCUCGCACGGCCGCACCGCCUUUCCUCCCUCGCCCUAGGACGCGUCCUCUUGCCCCCACUCUCGGCCUUGCCGUGGUGAACAAUGAUGGCUUUGCCGCUUUGGGCGACGCACAGCCCACGCACGGCCUAGGAGCUACUCGCAACAACCUUCCUACUCCCGUGCACGGCCAAGGAGUAGUACUGUGCGGGCACCGCUGCUAUACCACCACCAGCAAAGGGCCGGCGAGCUUGAGAGCUGAGACUCGACAGAGAAGAGAGCGACCUUGAAGCUUUGCUUGGCCUGGCCUGCGGUGGUGGUGAUGGAUGUCAAAUGCCGGCGUCUGGAGGGGAAGGUGGCCGUCGUGACGGCGUCCACGCAGGGGAUCGGCCUCGCCAUCGCCGAACGCCUCGGUCUCGAGGGCGCCGCCGUCGUCAUCUCCUCCCGCAAACAGAAGAACGUGGACGAGGCGGUGGAGGGGCUCAGGGCUAAGGGGAUCACCGUGGUGGGCGCCGUCUGCCACGUGUCCGAUGCACAGCAGCGCAAGAACCUCAUCGAGACGGCCGUCAAGAACUUUGGGCACAUUGAUAUUCUUGUCUCCAAUGCUGCUGCAAAUCCUACUGUAAAGGGCAUACUUGAAAUGAAAGAGGCUGUUCUUGAUAAGCUGUGGGACAUUAACGUCAAGGCUUCUAUUCUUCUUCUUCAGGACGCCGCUCCCCACCUACGGAAGGGGUCAUCUGUGAUUCUUAUUUCUUCAAUUGCUGGUUACAAUCCAGAGCAAGGAUUGACAAUGUAUGGUGUUACAAAGACUGCUCUCUUUGGUCUCACAAAGGCUCUUGCUGGUGAGAUGGGACCCGAUACUCGUGUUAACUGUAUAGCCCCUGGUUUUGUUCCUACACGGUUUGCUAGUUUCUUCAUAGACAAUGAGACCAUUAGGAAAAAGCUUAAUGAGAGGACUAUGCUUAAGAGAUUGGGUUCUGUGGAAGAUAUGGCGGCGGCUGCUGCAUUCCUGGCAUCUGACGAUGCAUCAUUCAUUACAGCUGAAACCAUUGCUGUUGCUGGAGGGGUGCCGUCUAGAUUGUAAAUUUGGCUGAAGUCUAUUCUGACUCGGCUAAUAAUGUGUGCUAAGUACCAAUUGCCACUAGGCCGGUGACAUAGCAACUAUACUGUAAUAAGAUUUUUCAAAAAAACUAUACUGUAAUAAUCCACUCUGAAGCUGCAGCUUGUGUUAAGUUUGGCUACUGUUAUUUCAAUUGGAUUGCAGUGUGACUA